AUGGCGGAAAAUUACACGGACUUCUUGAUCGGCCCCGUGGCGCACCCUUUGAAAAUGGUGUCCCACGAGGUUGUGGACCACAUGCUAGGCUGGAACAUACCCGAGGAGCAUCAAGACCUGGUCCACGAGCACUGGCGUAACUUCCCAGCUGUCAGUAAAUACUGGCAUUACUGUCUAGCACUCAUUUACACAAUGCUUAUGGUCACUUCACUGACGGGAAAUGGCAUCGUCAUCUGGAUCUUUGGCACGUCAAAAUCCCUCCGUAGCGCCAGCAACAUGUUCGUCAUAAACCUUGCCGUGUUCGACCUAAUGAUGAUGCUGGAAAUGCCUCUCCUCAUAAUCAACUCCUUUUAUCAGCGGCUGGUCGGUUAUCAGCUCGGUUGCGACAUAUACGCCAUCCUCGGAUCGUUAUCGGGCAUCGGGGGUGCCAUCACUAAUGCUGUCAUCGCUUUCGACAGAUACAAGUGUGUAAUAACUUUGGAAUUAUUAUCACAUCCACUACCAUCACCAUCAAUAUCAUAUGCAUAA